AUGAAGUUCUACGCUGGCGUAGCAUGCUUUUCGUUGCUCGUCGGAAGCGCGGGAGGAAAUAAGGGCGCAAGCCUGACCGAUACGCUCAAGAACCGCUGCGACGACGACAAAACUGGCGCUAAUACCUGCAAAACCAAGAAGGACAAAUUUGACAACAUAGAGUACCCUGACAAAGAUGGUUUCGUGGAAAAGAAAACGAACUUCGUUGAAGUCAAUGUUGAGAGUGACUACAUCCCCGGUAAAGCCGAAGGAGGGGUCAAGUACAACGGAAAGUCGCUACAGAAGGCCUUCAUCGCUCAGAUCGCAGAUACCUUCCAGAAGAGUGGCGAGGAUGAGAAGAAUUGUUACAAGUUUGACCAGGAGUCUACGAUCUGCCCCGGCUGCAACCCGAAAUUUUGCCUUUCCUUUAAUGCGAGGAAGAAGAUAUUGAGGUGGUGUAACGCGCCCGAGUAUGUUCGAGUGAGCGUCAAGGACGGAGAAGGGAAAGAAGUCGCACAUAUGAAGGUCGUGGUCAAGUUCACGGGUACGAUAGACCAGGGGAAAUUUGAUUGCAUGGCUAUUCGAGAGACUGUCGAGAGAAGCGCUCGAGAUAACCGGUUGAAGGACGUGAAAGACGCGAUUGAUGGGAAAGAAGUCGUGGCGAACGCGCAACAGAACAAGCCGUGGCGCAACGCUGAAAAAGGUCGAAAGGGCAAAGGCAAAAGAGGCAGGAUGGGGCAGGACGAGUCACGGGUUGUAGACCCAAACGCGCCACCUCAGAUCUUAUCGGCGCGUACUCUGGAGGCUCUUGCGCAAUACAUCAAGGAUGGGCGUGCGAAGAAGAUUGUCGUCAUGACAGGUGCGGGCAUAAGUACUUCCGCAGGCAUACCAGACUUCAGAUCACCUGAAACCGGCCUAUAUGCCAAUCUCGCUCGCCUGAAUCUGCCGUACCCCGAAGCCGUCUUCGACAUCGACUUCUUCCGCAAGACCCCCGAGCCGUUCUACUCUCUCGCUCAAGAAUUAUACCCCGGGAAGUUCAGGCCGACGAUAACACAUUCCUUCAUAAGCUUGCUCUACCAGAAAGGGCUGCUACUGAAGCUGUUCACACAGAACAUUGACUGCCUGGAGCGCGAGGCUGGAGUCCCCGGCGAUAAGAUAAUAGAGGCUCAUGGCAGUUUUGCGACGCAAUGCUGCAUCGACUGCAAGAAGUCGUAUCCAAAGGAGCGCAUGAACGAAGCCAUCCAGAACAAAUCGGUGCCUCGCUGCGUCGAUUCGUUAUGUGACGGUCUCGUCAAGCCCGAAAUCGUCUUCUUCGGAGAACAGUUGCCAUCCGCAUUCUUCGACAACCGAAGCCUCCCAGCGCAAGCCGACCUAUGCAUAGUCAUGGGCACAUCGCUCAGCGUAGCCCCGUUCUCUUCGCUACCGCAGCUCUGCGAAGACGAGACCCCGCGCCUUCUCAUAAACUCAGAAAGGGUCGGCGAUAUGGGAACACGGUCAGACGAUGUUCUGCUGCUGGAGGAUUGCGAUAGUGGUGUGAGAAAGUUGGCAGAGGCAUGCGGUUGGACGGACGAGCUGGAAGCGCUCUGGGCAACGACCGCGCCUGCUGAGGAACCCGUGGCACCCAAGGAGACAGUCAAGAAGAGCCAUGACGAGUUGCUGGAAGACGAGGUCGACAAGCUCACGCGCGACGUGGAAGAGAGUUUGAGGUUGAACCAAGCGGAACACAAAUGGCUCGAGAACCACGUCGAUAACAAACUGGCAAGGAAACAGGAUGAUGAUCAUUCUGCGACGGGAUUGCAACCAACAGUCGAUGCGGCGUCCAGGGCGAGUCCUAGUGAGACGAAAACGGACCCUGGUGGUGGGCUAGGACAUGUGUUUCCGCACAUGAAUAAGUCUUCGCUAUAG